AUGUCAUCUUCCCGUGCAAAUACUACUGAUGUGGCUCUUCUCAUACAUGUUAAAAUACUAUUCGUACAAUACUGGUCAUAUUCGAUGAUAUCUCUUGGUCUAGUUGGUCAUACAUUCAAUAUUUAUGUUUUUACCCGACCAUCUCUGCGAUCAAAUCCGUGUACACGCUACUUCUUAGCAGCUACGAUAUGCGGCAUAUUUACUAUACUUGUAAACACUCCGUUGCGUCUUAUGGCAGCUGCGUAUGGUAUUCAGAUAUUUGGAUAUUCUGUAGUAACGUGCAAAUUACUUACUUAUCUUCUGUUUUGGUCCAGGACACUGCCAUCUUGGUUUAUUGCACUAGCUUCCAUCGAUCGUUCGCGGUCCGUUUCGUUGCGAACAUGGAGUUCUCUUCGAGUUGCUUUUUGGGCUAAUCUGAUUACGACUAUUGCCGUUGGACUAGCGUACAUUUAUGUUCUUUUCGUUUAUACAACUUUACCAGGAAGUGCUGGAUGCUCCCUGGCUCAAGGCUCUGCUCGAAGUUUUAAUGGCAUUUGGAAUUUAAUCAUAUUUAGCUUAGGUCCACCAUUGAUCAUGUUGUAUUUCGGGUCACUCACCAUUCGUCACCUUCGACAAUCAGCAAAACAAGUUCGACUUCAGAAAAACCAGACUAACGUACAAUCUCAACCACAGCUACAACGUCAAAAGAAAACAGAUCGACAAUUAAUUCAAAUGAUGAUUGUUCAGUGUGUUUAUUUUAGCGUGACAUCUUCUUCGAUCUCAAUCAACUGGAUCUAUGUGGCUGCAAGGCCUCCGUUGGCCAUGGACGCUCUCCAAGUGGCCAAAGAUGAUUUAUUCGCACAAAUAACUGGCUUUACUUCUCUUACAGGUGCCUGUACAAGUUUUUACCUUUUUACCUUGUCAAGUAAGCUAUUUCGUUCUGAACUAGUGAACUUAUUUAAACGACAACAGCGACGCUUCGGUCCAGCAUCUGAUGCUACAAGGCAUCCUACACAAAAAGUUCAAUAUCCUACGCUCGGCUGA